AAAGUAAGUUAUUGUUUGCACAUACAGUUGCCAACACCGCCGCCGCAGCGUCACAGGCGUCACAAGAUGGACCGAACGGAGAGUGCCAGCACCACAUUGCGGCCACGUUUUACGGCGCCCGACGACUCAUCCCCGGCAACCCCAGCGCAAGCGAAGCCCAGCCGGCCACCGCCCAUUUUGUGUCUCGGAAUGGCCCGCACAGGCACCGCAUCGGUUGCCGCGGCCCUCCGGAUUCUAGGCGUUGGGCGUGUGCAUCACGGUCUCGAGGUUUACCAGAAAGAGUUCAAUUACCAAUGGCGUAUCAUUAAUCGAGCCGCUGAUGCGACCUUCCCGGUACUGCCAACAUACACGGGGGAGCCGUUUACAAGGGAGCAGUGGGAUGAAGUCUUUGGAGAUUACGACGCUGUCACCGAUGUUGCUUCAUUCUACGCCAUGUCAUUGAUUCAGGCAUACCCCGAUGCCCGCGUGGUUCUCGUCGAGCGAGAUAUCGAGCGUUGGUUCGAAAGCAUCAGCCAGGUCAUCGAGGCGUGGGAGGAUCCCUGGAAUCGUCGCAUGACACACCUCCUUGGCCCGCUUGCUGGGAGCGACACCGGAAAGGCCAGCUUGAAGUUUCUAUUGGGUUGGUCCGAAUCUGCACGAGCGGAGGACAUACGGGGAAAUGCCCGAGCGGCCUAUAUCAGGCAUUACAAAGACAUACGCGCUGCAGUUCCGCCUGAGCAACUUCUGGACUUCCAGUUCAGCGAUGGGUGGGAGCCGUUGUGCCGGUUCUUGGGGAAGGACAUUCCGGAGGUGCCCUUUCCGCACGUCAAUGAUGCGGCCGCGUAUGCCGAGUUCAUGCAGACGACCAAAGUUGACUUCCUCCAGCGAUUGGCAGCGAAUCUCAGCCCGAUUGCGCUCUUGUCGGCUUUAUUGCGUUUCAUGUCACACGGGCUAUGGGCCAUAUCCAAGUCUAUAGCCCGUCUUCUAGGUCUGAUUGGAUCAAGAAGUUAACCCUAUAAGCCUUCAAUGCCAUUUACAAGUAACAGACGU